UUUCAAUGAACGCAUCCCACAAAUCCAAAUGUCAGAGCUGAACCUCAGGGCUAAAUUUGAUGCUGAAUUGAUCCCUGGGGGCUAAUGUCAGCGAGCCUUGACAGUGCAAAUGACUCGUAUACGUAUAUGUUGUUUUAAUCUGGCUGAAGACCAAUCCCAGGUAGAACGGCAGGAGCUACAUUCCCUUCCCUUGAGGAGCCUGAUCUGAUGCGUGACACAUUGCAGGUAGGAGAUGACUUUAUACACGCCAGUGUGUCUGUCCAGACUCAUAUCUCUAUCUCAGAAUAUGAGGCGCAUACUAUUACGCUGUUUACUAUUCUCCUCUUCUUCCCCAGAUUUAUUGUUUGUCCGCGCGUCCCUUAAGUCUACAACUUUGGUCGGGGUCCAAAUAUGACAUCUAUGUCUGAGUUCGGCACCAGCCGAGGUAAAGUAGCUCCAAUGACGGCACACAUAGCUUUCCCAACAGAAAGUGGCGUGAGGAAAAGAGAAAACAUUUCGCCUUCUACUCUACCAGUCGCGAGGCUAUUCGCGUCUUGUUUCUUUCAUUGUUGCCGGGGAGCAGUGUCUUUCGUGAAGGUUGGAUCCAGACCGAGGGACAACACGUUUGGAUCGCUCGAACACAAAAAGAGACGCUGUGUGGACCGCAUAUGACAUUCCGCCUUGGUGAUGGCAUCUGAGGUUACCAAAGGGCUUAAGGGGAGUACUUGUAACAAUAGGAAGUCUAUACGCGUGAGCGUAUCUAUAUACGCACUCCAAUACGCCCACCAUUAGUCGUAUAACAUGCGGAUGCGUUGUUGAAGCAUCCAUUAGUUAUUCGAGAAAUUCGCCUCUCCAGUCUCUGUCGACAGCAUGCCUGGUUCUGAUCGGCGCGAAGCCGUGCAAGUCGCGACGACCGUCACGAUCGUCAUUGCCUUUGUGUUCGUGGCACUACGGAUGAUAAGCCGGAUAUUUAUCACGAGGCGUACAACCUUGGAUGACUACGUGAUGAUACUCGCCUGGAUAAUUGCAUUUGGAGGUUCUUUUACUAUUCUACUUGCGGCACGAAAGGGGUUUGGCUUGAUGGAUGCAGAACUCAAACCAGAGUGGAUAACGACUUUGAAGAAAUGCGGGUAUAUCUACAGUAUUAUUUAUAACCCAGCACUUAUGGCUACCAAGACGAGCAUCCUAAUAUUCUACCUACGCCUUUCGAGGACGAAUAAGCUGUUCCGGAUUGGAACGUACGCAACAAUGGGAGUGGUAAAUGUGGUAGGCCUAAUAUUGACAUUUAUCAAUGUUUUCCAGUGCCACCCACUCGACAAGAUCUUCUCGGACUCUUUUGUUGAUCCGACACAGAAGUGUAUACCGUUAGUCACACUUUUUCUCGCCUCGUCGCCGGCUAAUAUCUUCACUGAUCUUGCGAUAUUGGUACUUCCAAUACCUGUUCUCACCGGUAUGCAUCUACCUAUGAGACAGAAAACAAUACUAGUCUUAACGUUCGGACUCGGAAUAUUUGUCACCAUUGUCGACGUGAUCCGAAUCUAUUACCUCCAGCAAGCCCUAGGACCUACAACUGCUAAUUCCAGCUCACCACAAGGAACGCCCGGACUUGGUGCAAGUCCCAACUUUGUAUUCAAUGUAUCGUACGGUCUAAUGUGGUCGAUUGUGGAGGUGAAUGUCGGCAUUAUAUGUGGUUGCAUCCCGCUACUGAAGCCAUUGGUAUCCAAGACAAUGCCGAAGCUCAUUAACCCUCCUGGGUUUCAUGGUAGCCAGACAUCGUCUCAAGUCUCAGCGACCCUGACAAGACCGGCGGAAAUGCCCACGGAUCGGGCCCCUGCCAGGCAGAACAACAUAGAAGGGUUCACGCCCUUAAACUUUAGAAUGCCGGGGACCCCUUUGCCGGAAAUGUCGAUGACGCCAGGUCCGAGUCUCGGGACGCCUAUUCUACAGAAUUCACAUCGAACAUCAGUAUCAUCCACCGGCGGAGUGGGCGAGGCGCCCUCGCAGUUGGCCUCACGACGAGUCUCGCUUUCGCCAGUCCAUGAAGGCGGGUCGUCCAUGCAGCAAACAUCUCAAGAGCCUUCAUUGCAGCCCUCACAAGAUCCACUUGAUUCACCCGUCCUAGAGAGCAGUACCCCCAUAGAGCAAACCGAGUCUUCAACUUCACCUUCAACCGAGCAUGAGAACUUUUCUCCCAGGCGAAGGUACCCGCAACAGACAGCUCUUUCACAACAGAAUGAUGCCGACCACCAAGUACAGAACGAUGCACAGCCAGCACAAGAAGGAAUGUUCUCGCCAGAACAACAACAACAUCAAGAAAUGGACAUGCUCAACUUUCUCACCUCGCCUGGGAUGCCUCCAAGAACUGAAUCCGGGCCUGACCGACCGAACCAAAUCCAUUUUGGUUUUGUUAAAAUCCGUCAGCCAAGAUCUAUGCUGCGCACUUCUGCAAAAGACUCGUGGAAAUACUGUGCUUGGGUCUCAGUUUCUUUCUUCCUAUUAGGAUUUUCUUACGGGCUACUCAACACACUCAACGUCCAAAUAUCUCUGAUCGCACGUUAUACGCGAGCACUGACCGUAUCUCUGCACACAAUGUAUUUUGCCGGAUAUUUCUUCGGCCCCUUAACGGUUGGGUUGUACUGCCUGAGAAGGGGUGGGUUUAAGGUGACAUUCAUGGUCGGUCUUUGCAUCCUUGGAACUGGGACUCUCGUUUUCUGGCCUUCCUCCAUCCUUCUUACAUAUCCGGGCUUUAUCAUUUCCAAUUUUAUCAUUGGAUUUGGCUUGUCUGUUUUCGAGACCACCGCGAAUGCCUUUGUCCUCCUCUGCGGCCCGCCACGCUACGGCGAGUCUCGCCUUCUAGCAGUUCAAUUCGUUCAGAGUAUCGGUGCAAUUGUCAGCCAGCUCCUGGUUGAGAAGGCUUUUUUUCCCUCUAAUGAAGUUCACAAUAACGUCCUUAGUAUACGGUGGACAUAUCUUACUAUUUCCUUCAUCACAGUCAUCAUCGCCCUUGUUUUUCACUACACGCCACUACCAGAGGCGAGCGAUGAGGACCUCCAAGACUCUCUCCAGCCCCAGCUUUUACCACUUAAUCGCGUUAUUAACGACGAUCCUAGUAAUCGCAUUUUUGGCUUUCGAGUUGUCUAUAUAAGCCUCGCCUUCGCCUGCUUCACCAUGUUCUGCUAUAUGUUCUCCCAGGAGAGUUUCAAUGUUUGGUUCAACAAUUCACUCCUCUCCUCCACCAACGUAAUAGACGGUACCCACCGGCGCCAGUUACUAUCCCCGAAUUUUGUUCUCUAUGGGCAUUGUGCAUUCUCAGGGUCGUUGCUAUUGGCCUCGGCAUUGUGUCUCUACGUGCGGCCGCGCAUCAUCCUACUCGGAGCCCUCUUAGGCAGUGCAACAUUUAGGUUGGCGUUCAUUCUGAUUCCAGCUGAGCUGGAGAAGAAAAACAGUUCGAAGAUUGCGGGACUGGCCGUAGCAGAAUAUUUCUGUGAGGCCCCCAUAUAUGCAAUUAUUGUGGGGCUGGCGCUGAGGGGCCUCGGCGCGAAAACAAAGCUCGGUAGUGCGUUGGUUAUUACUAUGAACAUAGGAGGGGCGGCGGGACCAUGGGUCGUUCUUGGGGUUAUUAAGGGGAUGGGGAAUACUCGGAGGCCAUUUGUUGUUGGGGUUGCUUUCUUGUUCUUCGUAUCACUUUAUCCACUGUAUCUGUCUGUGGUGCCGAAGGCUAGGGCGAUUGUAGAUUGGCCUGAUGACGGCGAAGCUGGAAGCGAGAGGAGGGUGAGCCAGUCUGACUCGAUGGCGGCCGUGGAGGCUGCGAAUGCGGGAGUGUAUAGUAGUAGGCAUCAUGGGAUGCAUUGGCCUGCUCUUGUGGAGAAAGAGUUUGCGCAUAUUAGGAGAGCGAGUUCCACGAGCGGGAAGGCCGUGAGCAAAUGGGCUGGCAGUGUCAGGGACUGGACGAGGAGAGUCAGCGGGUUGUAGAAGGAGGCUGUCCCACGAGAGUUUGCGUGAUGUUACUAUAUGUAAAAUGGGGGAUUGGAGUUGGGGGGUACAAUAUUCGCAUAUAUGGUGCAGCUUUGGCGUUUUCUAAAUGGUAUAUGGCACAUGUAAAAUAAUUGGAAUCGGGGAAAUACUGUAUAUAUAGAAAAGGCUAUUAAGAAG